UUGAUGUGAAGACAGCUCUCUCCCAAAAUGGCGUAGCCCAAUGUUGACAGCGAGGUGAGGUUGUAGAUACUUAACAAGUGUAAUUAUUUUUACGUAUUUUAUCGUUAAGAAAAAAAUGUCAAACCGCGAUCCGGAUAAUUUGAUGAGUAUGAGCGACGAGCGGUUCGAUUACCUCUUCAAGAUCGUUUUGAUCGGUGAUUGUGGUACUGGUAAAACCUGCGUCGUCCAGAGGUUUAGAUCUGGGACUUUCAUUGAGAGACACGGAAGCACGAUCGGUGUCGAUUUCUCAAUGAAGACUGUCAUCGUCGACGGGAAGAAAGUCAAGUUGCAGAUUUGGGACACUGCUGGGCAAGAAAGAUUUCGCACAAUCACUCAGAGCUACUAUAGAUCAGCGAAUGGUGUUGUCGUAGUUUAUGACAUAACAAAACGAUCCACGUUUCUCAGCCUGCAGCGAUGGGUUGAAGAGGUCCGUAAAUACACAUCGUCUCAUGUCAUGUUGAUUUUAGUCGGUAACAAAUGUGACCUGGAGAGUCUGAGAGAGGUUGAGAAAGGUGAAGCUGAAGCAGUUUCCGAGUAUCUGCCAGAAGUUUUACAUGUUAUUGAAACUUCUGCAAAAGAAAACACCAACAUCGAUGCGAUGUUCUCAUACCUGGCCUCUGAAUUAAAGCGACGACACGAGAAUCGUCAGUUUGAGGAAAUGGCAGAGGAAACAGUGAAAUUGGGAGCUGGUCGUGAGUUGUCUUCCUGUUCGAGCUGUCCGUACAAAAUUUUCUGAUCAGAAGAAACCUGUCGGCGGUGUUUAGUCGGCUCACUAAACAGUACUGUAAUAUUAAAAUUAUUUUUCAAACAGCUUUAAACGAGUUUUGAACAAAAACUCCAUCCAAGCCACAAAAAAUACUAUUCAAUAACGACAAUAUACACAUAUAUAGUAGAUAUAUAUAACUAAUAUCGGACAUGUAGAGCAUAUGUUUUAAAGAAAAAUUUAACUAAAGAGGUACAAACAAAGAAUGAGAGAGGUGGAGUUUCAUAAAAGCUACGUAUUUAUUUUGAGGCAUAUUUUUCCUCUUCUUGUUCAACUCUAUCUCUAUUCGACGAUAUCUCUCUUAUUCUAUAUAUACUCUACAUUAUCUCAGUGACCUGAACAAGCUCGUAAGCCAAGUGCCUUUGACUUCCAAGGAAUUGAAAUGAUAAGAAUAAUGAAUAGGAAUUUUUAUAACAAUUACUGAUAUAUAUUACCAACAUCCCGAUCAAACGGCAAAUGUAAGUUAAUGUCUUUUGUCCGACCCCCACUAGAGAUAACGCCUAUUCGCGCAUGCGAAGCGGACGUGAAAUUGCCGUUUUCAUGCGCCCGCUUCACAUGCACGAAAGGCGAUUUUUCAAAAGGGCUCGGACAGAAAUAAUCGUGUGCAUGACGAGAAGACGAUUUCCUUCGUUUGAUCACCACCCUCGUUUUGCUCAGGCAGCAAACAUCACACUCGUCAUCGCCUUUUUUCCACCCUUGGUACACAAUGUACUAUUAAAGCGUUGAAAGUAUCUUAUUUUUUUAUCAGUAGGGACAACGUUUUUUACAUCAUACUGAGAAUAUUAUUAAUUUCCAUACUGUAGAUCUGGAAGAACCAAACAGAUAUUUUCAAUCUGGAUAUUUUUCAUUCUCAUUCUCGUUUUUCCAUAUGCUUGACAAUGUUUUUAUUUUUAUUACAUCAUAGAUACCAAAUUGAGUUUACACAUUCAUACAAUUUUUUGUUAUGAUCUUAUUUUUUUUUAUAUACCUAUGAAGUAACCUGAUAUUAGGCAGAUCCGGAUUCUGGUACUAUUGUAUUAGAACCCGAGUGUUAUGUUAACACGUUUUACCUAGACGUAAAACAUUAAUUUUCAUACUAAUUUUAAUAAGAAAUCUAUAGUUGUAUGUCGUAGGAUUACCCUAAUCUUAUAUUGAUAGGCUCACAUCAUAUGUAUACUAUACUUAUGCAAAAAGCAAUCUGACAACGAAUCCCAACAAGAUCUAGCCAAAGUAUUUAAAUACGAAGUGUAUUUUUUUAUAUGUAUUUGAUUUUACAGUUCUUACCUAUUAUUAUUAAUCUUAUUAUCAUUAUUGUUAAUAACAGGCAUCCGCGGCGCUCUAGAAAUAUAAUAUGAUUUACAAUUAAUUAAUUCUUGUGCAGAGUAACCCGAAAGCUGAAUGACAAGUGCUUUCCAUAUUAUAUUAUACCAGUUCAAAUAAGUCGGCCGGUGAGAGGAGGAUCAGUCUUAGUUUUUAAUCAUUUGACAACUUGAAUUUUACUGAAAAUCUCACGCCACUGUCUUUCAUCAAAUGAACGCACAAGAAGGUUGUUGUUGUUAUUCUUGUUGUUGUUGUUGUUAUUAAUGUACAGUGCAGUAUAAAUAUCGGUAAACAGUGGUACUUCACAAUUUUUUAAUAUGAAUACUCAUUCUGCACAUAUCUAUAAUACAUAUGUCUAUAUAUAUAUAUAUGUAUAUAAAUGUAUACAUACUUAUAACUAACUUGUAACAAUUAAAAGUUUUUCUAAUGUUUAA